AUGGCCAACACUUCGGAGCAAGAGAUAUGCCAAUCGGUGUUGGAUUUCGUCACCGAGGGGAAGUACCCAGAAUCGGAGAAGGUGGUCGCCGCGGAAUUCCCCGUAUCUGCUCUAUCCAAAGAGUUGGAACUUCUGUCUAAGGCCAGAGCGCAAGUGGAGGCUGAGAUUAGCUCAUUGAGUCGGGAAAACGACUUUGACGCCGACGGGUGGAUCUCGCAAGCAAAGCAAUUGCACGCAGAUAUCGAGCGCUCUAGGGUUACUGCACGAGAAAUAGUCGCACAGCAUGAGAACACAAAUCCCCUGCAAGCGAAGGUCGAAGAUGCUGCUGCAAAGGUUGGGUUGAUGGAAACUGAGAUUGCUUUCAACCAGGCUGUAACAGACACGUUGGAGGAAGUACAGAGACUCAGUCAGCAGCUGGACGCCGGACGGGCCCUUCUUCAAGAGGACCAAGUCACUGGCGCAAUUGAUAUCUUGGAGUCGACAGAACAAGCCAUCAAGAAGGACAAUUUAUUCGCCAAUACAACCGUUCUCGUCAUCUUAUCAGAGAAUGUCAACGAUCUACGGGGCGAAAUUGUCGAGUGCCUCCGCUCUCGCUGGAACGACCAGCUAAACAUUGACGAAAGAGAAGCGAAACUCGUCCUUCCGGAUAACACUGAGCGACUGGAGGAAACUGUUACAGCGCUGGUUCGAUUGGAGAUGCUGGCCCCAGCCAAGGGCAAAUUCCAAAAGGACCUUAUCUCUGCAGUAAUCGAACCGAUACUACUACCUACAGUUGAUGGGCACAGCCGCGGCGUGCACAUCGAGGGAACCUCACUUCGGGUUGAGCCGCAACUAUCGAAGGUUUCUGUUUCCGAGCUCCUGGAACGCAUAGUCACGGUCUUAGGGUUCCUUCGCCAACAUCUUCAUUCAUCGAUCCUGGAUUCACUUUCGGAAACAUUUAUUCCAAUUCUUUCAUCAAAGAUUAUCGCCUCGUGGCUCUCAUCAGCGAUCCCUACGGAGCUCGUAGGCCUGGGUGAAUUCGAGGGUACCCUGGACGCCGUUCUUGGAUUUACUAACACCAUCCAAAAUUUUGGUUGGCAUGGUCAAGAAGAGCUUGUCUCUUGGGUCAACCAGGCACCCCGACUCUGGCUGACGAGACGACGAGUUGACUCAUUAGACCAGGUUCGCAAGGUUCUCGCUGGCAGUGAGGGUAGCACGAAGCAAGUGGAGAGGGUCGAAAUAGAGAAGGUCUCUGCCACAGAUGAGGCUCUGCUGGAAAAGACUAGUACUUCCGAUGACUGGGAUGCCAGCUGGGACGACGAUAUGGGAGAUGAUUCCAAAGAGACACCCGCUGAAGAGAAGGAAGACGAAGAGGACGUCAGUGCCUGGGGUCUGGACGAUGAUUCAAACGAUUCUCCUGAAACAGCGCCUAGUGCAUCCGCUGCCGCUGCCGAUGGCGACGAUGAGGAUGGCGAUGCCUGGGGCUGGGGCGACGAAGAUGAAGAAACCGCCGUCGACACUUCUCAGUCCAAGAAUUCGGUCAAGGCAAACUCGGUCAAUGGAAAGGACACAGCACGUCACGCGUCUCCGCGAGAGGUCACCUUGACGGAGCGCUAUACUGUAACAGAUAUUCCUGAAGCUAUCCUUAGAAUUAUCCGGCAGCAAGUGAUGGACUCUGAUGCCAUAACGCAUCCAGCGCACUCCAAUUCGCGCGUCGUUUCCUCCGGGGCCGGUCUUCUUGCUCUUCCAACAUUAAUCCUCGCCAUGUUCAAAGCUACAGCGACCUCUUUCUACGGGCUUAAGCUUAGUUCCGGGCAGAUGUAUCUAUACAAUGACAGUCUAUACCUGGCGGAUCAAGUUCGUCGUAUUGCGGAAGAACAUCAGCUCUCCAGACUUCAGGCGGAUAUUGAAGCUCUUGAACGAUUUGGCAAAUUGGCUUACAGCAAGGAGAUGCAGACUCAGCGCACCAUUGUGACUGACCUACUCGAUGGUGCGCAAGGCUUCAGCCAAUGCUCGGAGCAGCCUUUCCUAGGAGAAUGUGAGAAUGCAGUCAGCGCGACGGUUGACAGAAUCCGCGAUGUUCACAAAGAAUGGCAACCAAUCCUGUCACACUCGGCGCUUCUCCAAUCGGUCGGGUCCUUGGUCUCGACUGUCAUCAACAAAAUCAUCAUCGAGAUUGAAGACUUGGGCGAUAUAUCAGCAGCCCAGUCGGAACGGCUUGUGUCGUUCUGCAAUCAAGUCUCGAAACUGGAAGAUCUGUUCAUCCCAGAGACCUCUGAGAACACGGAACGUGUACCCAUGACGGCUGUUUAUGUACGCAAUUGGCUGAAAUUCCAGUACUUGAUCAACAUCCUGGAGAGCUCUUUGGCGGAUAUCAAGUUCCUCUGGCUAGAAGGCGAACUGCGUCUAGAAUUCUCGCCCGAGGAGGUCGUGGAUCUCAUCGAAGCUCUGUUCGCUGAAUCUGACUACCGGCGGAAAGCGAUUGCGGAAAUUCGACGAAUCUCUCGAAACCAUGGAACCAUUAUGUGA